GCCGCGGGAGCGCCGUGCCGAGGGCGGGGGGGGGUGGCUGCUUUCCGUCUGUCGGCCCGUCCGUCUGACCGCCGCAAUGCAGAACGUCAUCAACACGGUGAAGGGGAAGGCCCUGGAGGUGGCCGAGUACCUCACGCCCGUGCUUAAGGAGUCCAAAUUUAAAGAAACUGGAGUAAUUACACCAGAAGAAUUUGUUGCAGCUGGAGAUCACUUAGUUCACCACUGUCCUACUUGGCAAUGGGCUUCGGGAGAAGAACUAAAAGUCAAAGCUUACCUGCCAACAGACAAACAGUUUUUGGUAACUAAAAAUGUGCCGUGCUAUAAAAGGUGUAAGCAGAUGGAGUACUCAGAUGAGCAGGAGGCAAUUAUAGAAGAAGAUGAUGGUGAUGGGGGAUGGGUAGACACUUUUCACAAUGCAGGUAUAGUGGGUGCAACAGAAGCAGUUAAGGAGAUCACACUAGACAGUAAGGAUAAUACAAAAAUACCAGAGUGUUCUGCAUCUUGUGAAGAUGAUGAUGAGGAAGAUGAAGGAGAAGCUGCAGACAUGGAAGAGUAUGAAGAAAGUGGGCUAUUGGAGACAGAUGAUGCAACACUUGACACAAGACAGAUUGUUGAAGCUAACAAAACUAAAGCUGAUGUUGGAGGGGAAGAUGCUAUUCUACAGACUAGAACCUAUGACCUCUACAUCACUUAUGACAAAUAUUACCAAACUCCAAGGCUGUGGUUAUUUGGAUAUGAUGAGCAGCGGCAGCCUUUAACAGUAGAGCAUAUGUAUGAAGAUAUUAGUCAAGAUCAUGUCAAGAAAACAGUGACCAUUGAAAACCAUCCUCAUCUUCCUCCACCUCCCAUGUGCUCAGUUCAUCCCUGCAGGCAUGCAGAAGUCAUGAAGAAAAUAAUCGAGACUGUUGCAGAAGGUGGAGGAGAACUUGGAGUUCAUAUGUACCUUCUUAUUUUCUUGAAAUUUGUACAGGCGGUCAUUCCAACGAUAGAGUAUGACUACACAAGGCACUUUACAAUGUAACUAAAAAAAGAGAUGUGUUCCUCUGAUUAUUAAAUCUUUUUUUAAAUAACCCAUCCAUGUGACUUAUACAACAUUAUACACAAUUUCUGUAACUAAUCUUUUAUCGACUUGAUGCAUUAAAAUAAAAUGUUCCAUUACCAGCCUUUUUAAUAAAAAUCUCUGUGUGU